CAACAUUUUAGCCCCUGGAGGACAAAACAUCCCAGAUGCUUUCAUUGUUGGCGGUGCCUUUGAGGAGGAAGAUGGAGAGCUGAAUACCCCAGAGGACCGGGAAAGCAGGACUCAAGCUGAAAUGCUUAGAAAACGGAUUGUGUGGGACUUGGAAAGGCGUUGCUAUCUCGAUCCUAUAGCUGUGCUGUGCUUUCGAAAGCGGAUUGCCGACUGUAGGUGCUGGCCUGUAGAAAUUACCAGAGUGCCAGUGGUCACAUCCACGAAAGUCAAAGGUGGCAAAGGAGAGAAGGGAGGUGGAGGUGGUGGUGGAGCAGAUGACGACCCUAUUUCCUUUCACGGUGUGGCUUUUGUCAACUUAGUGCCUUUGCUGUAUCCUGGGGUGAAGCAAAUCCGGGGAGCAUUCCGAAUUUUUCCUUACCAUGACAGUGAGGUGUUUGAAAAGACCAAGUGCCUCUUCAGCCUUUUUCGCGAUGUGGGCCACCAGGCAGCUCUUAAUAAGUUUGGGCCAGUGGGAAUGUACAGCCCCCAUACCAAAAGUAUCCUUGGGAAGAAUGUAAAAGAUGACAAACCACCCAAAGAAUUCAUGCUGAGAAAGCCAUCCAAUAUUAUAAGAAAGGACACCUCCGAGAUCACAGUGGACACUGCUGUAUCUGUAUGCCAGAACUUGGAAGGACAGCAAUAUAUAGAAAGUGGAAGUUUUCUUGUGAUAGAGUUUACACUGGAUAAAGCUUUGGUGCCCAAGCGUCUGCCAGAGGAACUUGCCAGCCGAGUCAAGGAGAUGAUUCCUCCCCACCCUCAACUCCCUCGAAGGACUGCAGGAGCCAUGAAGGCUGUAGAAGAUUACCACAUGCAGAUCACCAGCAUUGCUGCAUCUAUCCUAGAUGAAUACCAUGAACUAUUUGGAAGGCAGAUAGCUGAAGGGUUUGGUGUCGAUUCUCAGACCCUGGAAGAUCAGAAGUGUCAACUCAACUAUGAGCUCAACACCUCAGGGAAAUAUUUUGCCUUUAAGGAGCAACUCAAGCAUGCUGUUGUGAAAAUUGUGCGGGAGAAGUACUUAAAGACAACUGCCUUUGAGAAUCUGGACCAACUCCAAGCUUUCCUAAGUGAGCUGUAUGUCUACCUGGUGGAUCAGAUGCAUGUUGCUUUGAAUCAGGUGCUGUCCCUCCAGACUCCAAGCCCUCCACCUCCCAUUUAUACCACAUUGGAGCAGCUCCAGCUCUUUGCUCGAGAAGCCCAGGUCAAUGGAGACUAUGCUCUGGCAUCAACUUACUAUCAGGAGAGGUUGUCUCGAAACCCCCAGGAUAUCCAGAGCUGGCUGGAUUACGGAGCUUUCUGUCUGCUGACUGAAAAUAACCUCAAGGCCCAGGAAUGUUUCCGUGAGGCUGUUGGACUGGAUGCCAAUCACCUGCCCAGUGUGCUGUUGUGCGGGAUCAUGGCUGUGAUGCUGCAGAAUUAUGAAGAGGCUGAGGUCUUUUUUGAGGAUGCGACCUGUGUGGAGCCAACUAGUGUCCUGGCCUGGACCAUGUUAGGGCUUUUCUAUGAUAUCCAGGAAAACUACAUUCGGGUCGAAAUGGCCUUCCGUGAAGCUACCAAGCUCCAGAAGGCCCGUCUGGCCAAAGAGAAACCAGCUACUGAGGUUCCAGAAGAGACUCCAGAAACUGCAGUGAGAAUCCAAGGAGAGUCUCAAGAGCUAGCCACCUCCCUUCGUGUACCAGAAGAGGAAAUCAUACCUAAAGCGGCUAAGAGAUUGUCCGUUACACCCAGUAAAUUUAGGAUGAGCACUCAGAGAGAAAUGCCCAAACCUGUUGCAGUUGCACUUGAAACAACGCUGAGCCCAGCAAUUUUCACCCAGCCCGUCGCCACCAUUUUCAUGGAGACAAUAAACUUCCUCUUGGACGUCAAUGCCCUUCAGUUUGUUCACAGGGCGCUGGCACAUGAGUUGAUCUGCCCUCAAGGAGGCCCCAGCUGUGAUUAUUACUUGGUGCUGGCCCAGACCUACUUGCUCAGGAAGGAAUAUGACAAGGCAGAAGAGAGCCUGGAGAUGGCUGUGCAGAUUGAUUACCUGAAUCCAGAGGUUUGGGCUCAAAAAGGCCACCUCUGCUACCUGACCAGGAACUUCAGUGAAGCAAAGUCCUGCUACGAACGCACAAUCAGCUUUGUGACGGAUGCGAAGGAUAUGCAUUUUGUGUAUCUGCGAUUGGGGUCCAUCUAUCUGGAAGGCAAGGAGUAUGACAAAGCAAAGCACAUUUACCUUCUGGCGAGUAAGAAAUCACCUUCUUGUCUCACAUGGCUGGGAGUAGGAAUCGCUUGUUACAGGCUGAAAGAAAUGGCAGAGGCAGAGGACGCUCUCUCUGAAGCCAACGCCCUCAACAAUAACAAUGCGGAAGUGUGGGCCUACCUUGCUCUGGUCUGCAUGAAGGGCGGAAGGCAGCUGGAGGCGGAACAAUCAUACAAAUAUGCUGUCAAGCUGGAGCUGGACAACCCAGAUCUCUUGCAAGAGAUCAAGCAGGUGCAGUCAGAAGUUGGCUUUGGUGACCCGUCAUUCUGAUCUCCUUUAAGCAGGGGCCACAUCCACCAUUUUACCCAGCAGGAAGAUGGGCCAGGUUGCCCGAUUCUUGCCAACCACCAGCACAGAUGCGUGCUGCCACAUCUUGAAACGUCGAUGGUUGGUUGUUUCCAAAAUUUCAUUGUGAAAAGCUCAUAGGGUUUCUGCAUGGCAGCUUAUGGGUUCCUGGAAUUUAAAAGAACAUCCUGGGAAAUGCAUCACAAGGGUUCCAUUCACUUUGUGGAAUAUCCAGCUGUGCCCUUAAAGUCAGCCAUGAGGCACCACAAGGGCUGACUGAUCUUUGGGGGUUAAAGUGCUGGAGCAAGCAUUCCCAGUUCCUGAAAUGGAAAGGCUCAGAAUAACUAUAAAGCACUGGAGAUGUUUGGAGAAGGAUGAGAAGGGGAAUUGGGGAGAGGUCCGUUGUGGUGACCUGCUUCACUGGGCAUUUCCAGGUCUUCUUUAGGACAAGUGGAUAUUACAACCCCCCAGAGCAGGAGCAGAGUAAUUAAUCGAUUGGGUUUAAUGCAGCAUUUUGUUAACUGGGGUUCCCAAAAUUAUAUUGAUGGGUAUGAGUCCUUACAAAGGUUUUGAUUCAGUUCAUUCACCCACACAGAAAGCUCCUUGAAGAUCCUUCUCUCAGUCAGUUGUAACACAGUGACCCCCUUUUUGACAAUGGUAAUGUAUAUUGCGGAUCCUCCUUUAUUUUGUUGAUGUUUCAAAGUUUGUUUUUGUCUGCUUCCUGUAAUUGCUUUGGCAGCACAGAAUUUUGAAAGAGAAAUCUAAAAUGCAGUAUGCAGGGAUUCAGCAACAGCAAUUUGGGGCAGAUGGUUUAAUAAAAUAGUUUGGAUCUGUUUA